AUGGGCAGAGCGAUAGUGGUCAGACUGGGGCUGGGGUUGCUGCUUAUGAUGGCACUGCUCAUACCCAAGCAGAUUUGUUGCAACCAAACAUCUGUUGCACCGUUUUCAAGUAACCAGAGUAUCUCUACUUUCCCAAAUACAACUAAUGCCACCACCAUAGCAGGUGGCAGUGCCCUGCAGUCAACAGCUAGUCUCCUCAUCGUCUCACUUUCUCUCCUACAUUUCUAUUGUUAG